AUUUAACUACUAAACAAAAUUACAACAAAACAAUAAUAAUCAUAGUAAAUAAAAAAAAGCUUGGUUACAGUAAUAAAUAAUAAACACACUAAUAUUUUCACUUGGACAAGUAUUUAAUGUGAAAUUGUUCAAAAAUGGCAAGUCAAGGAAAUUCUGGUAACAACAAACGUGAAGAUUUCAAAAAAUAUUUAAAUGAUUUAGGUGUUAUUGAUGCUUUGACUAAUGUAUUAGCAAAUCUUUAUCGAUUGGAAAUAAGACCGACAGAUCCAUUGGAUUAUAUUCGCACUCAUAUGACAGAAACUGUUAUCGAAAGAGAAGAACUGAAAAUGCUGAAGGCCAACUAUGAUAGUAUGAUGAGUCAAAUUCAGGAAAUGGAAGAAGAGAAUAUGCAACUAGCAAAGACAAUUAAAGAGUUAGAAAACUAUGGGGAAGAAUUAAGCAAAUCCAAGUCUGAAACUGAUGACAAUAACGUUGGAACAGAAUGAAAAACCAACAUGAAUUUUUUGUUAGGUAAACUGCUGUAAAUAUAAUAGAACAUAAAUUUCUAGGUUAGGCAUAAUCUGAUAUACUUAUAUUAGUUUUAUAAAGAAGAAAAUAAAAUGUUCAUUAUUUAAAUG